CACUAGAAUCGUUUUUGGCGCUCGUGUUCCUUCUUCCGGUUUUCACGAAGGUGUCGUAUAAUUGUGCAAAAUGGCUAAACGUACAAAGAAGGUUGGAAUCACAGGGAAAUAUGGUACCCGAUAUGGAGCCUCUCUUAGGAAAAUGGUUAAAAAAAUGGAAAUAACACAGCACAGUAAAUACACUUGUACCUUUUGUGGCAAGGAUGCUAUGAAACGCAGUGUUGUUGGAAUCUGGUCAUGCAAACGAUGCAAAAGAACAGUCGCAGGUGGUGCGUGGGUAUAUUCUACAACUGCUGCAGCAUCGACUAGGUCGGCAGUUCGAAGAUUAAGGGAAGUUAAAGAGCAGUAAAUGUAUAUAAUAAAUACGUUAAAGUACAUUUUGUA